AUGUAUUCAGACCAGUUCUUCGUAGCGCUCAUGCUGGUUUCUCCAAGCAUAGCGCAGUGUGUCGACCGCAUUGGCUUGCAGAAGGCCUGUCUCUCCACUAAUGACUAA